AUGGCAGAAGCAAUCAUAUUGCCGAUCGCUAAAUCCAUACUUGGUAAGAUCGGUUCCUUUACCGGUGAUUUGGUCAUUUCCUCUGUUUCCGAAGAAUUAAAAGCGGCCAAGUCAGCUGAGAAAGAUCUUAAGAAGAUAGCUGAUAAGCUCACUGCCAUUUGUGCUGUCCUCCAUGAUGCUGAAGAAAAGAAAUAUUCGAACGAAGCCAUGAAAGUUUGGCUAAGAGAUCUGAAGCGUGUUGUUUAUGAUAUUGAUGAUCUCUUGGAUGAAGUCGCCUUUGACGCUUUACAGCGCCGUGUCAAUGAAGGUCGUUUUCGGCGCAAGCUUAGGUACUAUCUUUCCUCCUCAAACCCCAUCAUUUAUACUUUUCAUGUAAGUCACAAAAUACGAGAUCUCUGUAAGCAGCUUGAACACAUUGUGGCUAAGAAAAAUGAUUUUGGUUUGACUGAGAGUCCAAUUGAGUACUCAACUGCUGACAUCAGGAUUUGGGAUAGAAGCUCAUAUGUCCAUGUACCUGAUGUUAUGGGAAGAGAAGAGGCUAAGCAAGAUGUUAUAAGGAGAUUGGGAAGAGUCAAUGGUGUUAGUGAGCUCUCAGUGCUUCCUAUUGUUGGGAUGGGUGGGAUAGGAAAAACUACAUUAGCCAAGUUGGUGUAUCAGGAUGUCCAACACUUUGAUCUAAAGUUGUGGGUAUGUGUUUCGGACCCGUUUCGCAUACCUAAGAUCAUAGAGGACAUUCUGAAGGAUGGUACUGAAGACAGUACUCCUAACCAAGAAAUGUGUAUAUUGGUGAGAAAGCUCCAUGGUUUGUUGAGUGGGAAGAAGUACUUGCUAGUGUUGGAUGAUGUCUGGGUUGAGGAAUUCGGAAAGUGGAAAGAGCUAAAGGACGUGCUAGCUGUUGGUAAUCCGGGGAGUGUACUUUUGAUCACUACAAGAAACUCCAAGGUUGCUUCUAUCACUCAAACAUUUGAAUCAUAUGACUUGGAUAGUCUUCCAAUUGAUGUUUGUUGGUCAAUGUUCAAGCACUUGGCAUUCAAGGACGAAGUUGAGGAAGCCAAAUAUCCGAAUCUUUGUGAAACUGGCAGGUCUAUUGUUAAAAAAUGCCAUGGCAUCCCACUCGUUGUGAAGACUUUGGCGAGUUUAUUAAGAAGUCCGAGGGAAGAACAAGAAUGGCAACGAAUUAAUGAUAUGGAAAGUUUAACUGAAUUGGAGCGACAAUAUGGUGAUGUCUUACCACUAUUAAAAUUAAGUUAUGAUAAAUUACCAUCUCACUUAAAACCAUGUUUUGCUCACUUGUCCUUGUACCUGAAAGAUGUUGAAUUAAUUUCUUUUGAUGUUUCAUAUAUGUGGAGCGCACUUGGAUUGUUGCCACUGGAUAAGAGAAAUAAUGAUAUUGAUGGCUUGGGAUACUCUUACUUUAGGGAACUGACAACAAUGUUCUUGGUUGAAGAAUCAAGUAAACAUCUGGUGGGUAUAGCUUGCGUUAGUAAAAUGCACGAUUUUUUGCAUGAUCUAGCAGUGAACAUUAUGGCAGAAGAGUUAGUUGUUAGCUUCUCGGAGCAAAGAGAGCCCGUUCGUUUCAAUUUGGUUAUGCCUAUAACCGACAUGUAA